CGCAGUUAUACGUUCCGUGUAAGACAAGACGGACGUGCAUUAUGUGGAAGACCACGACGGUGAUCUUGGUUCUUGCCAUAGGCUUAGUACUUUUGUUCCGUAACAAUCCUAUAGAUUUACCAGAUUUACCUGAAACAUUUUGGGGACCGGAAAAAAAUAAGGUAGCCUCGAAAGAAAUACGAUCUUUCAUUAUUAAUACACCAAAAUCGGUAAUUGAUGAUCUAAACGAACGACUCGUAAAAAAAAGAAAACUGGCGGAACCGUUGGAAGAUGUUGCGUGGACUUAUGGUAUCAGCACAACAUAUCUGGAUAAUAUUCUUGAACAUUGGCGUACAAAGUACAAUUGGACUGAACGGCAGGCGCUUCUCAACAAAUAUCCUCAAUACAUAACCAAUAUACAAGGUCUGGACAUACAUUUUUAUCACGUGAAACCACAUAUUCCAUCGGAUCGGAAAAACAUAAAGGUUCUUCCGUUAUUGAUUAUUCAUGGUUGGCCAGGAUCCGUGGUGGAAUUUCAAAAAAUUAUUCCCUUAUUAACGACACCACGUCCCGACACAGAUUUUGUGUUUGAAGUGAUUGCACCUUCGCUUCCGGGAUAUGGAUUUUCGCAACCGGCUGUACGACCCGGAUUGGGCCCACCACAGAUAUCUGUUAUAUUCAAAAAUCUCAUGUUGCGUCUCGGCUUUAACAAGUUUUACGCACAAGGCGGAGACUGGGGCUCUAUUAUUACUUCGAAUUUAGGAAGUCUGUUCCCGGACAACAUUCUUGGUGCUCAUAUGAACAUGUGUUCAAGUCAAAGCAAAUCUAAUAUGCUCCGGUGGUUAUUCGGCGCUCUUAUUCCUCAAUUGGUGGUAGAAAAUCAAUAUUAUUCUAGAAUGUAUCCUUUGAGUGAUCACCUGAGUCGAUUAAUUGAAGAAACGGGAUAUUUGCACAUACAAGCUACCAAACCGGAUACUAUAGGCACUGCCGUGGCAGCCUCGCCAGUAGGACUGGCAGGAUAUAUCUUGGAAAAGUUUAGUACAUGGACGAAUAACGAAUACAAAUCUCGUCCUGACGGCGGUCUACUCGAGAAAUUCACUUUAGACGAGCUUUUAGACAAUGUCAUGCUUUAUUGGAUUACCAAUUCCUUGACCACGAGCGUCCGAAUUUAUGCUGAGCAAUUUAGCGCCAGACAUAGAUCAAGCAACAUAGAUGAACUGCCAGUUCACGUACCAACAGCAUGUGCGGCAUUUCCUCAUGAACUAGCGUACCAAUCGGAGAGUCUCGUUCGUGAUAAAUUCACCAAUUUAAUACAAUUUAAUCAUUUACCGCGCGGAGGUCAUUUCGCAGCUUUCGAAGAACCGGGGCUCCUAGCGGAUGAUAUCUUCGAAUUCGUAUCUAAGACUGAAGAUAUUAGGAAAAAAGCUGAUAAUAAGGAUGUGCCAAACGCAGGAAAGAAAAUAAAAGAGCCUACGAAAAUUUGAAAACUAUAGUAUACUAUAUUAACUAAGGGCAUAAGAAAAUCUAUCAUAUUAGAAGUUAGGUUUCUUCGUUGCCAGCAGAACCACUAUGUGGUGAUAACGUUUUUUCUACUUUGAGCGCAUGUAAAAAUUUUUGAAAUAAAAUGAUUAUUUUCCAUAA